CUUAACCUACCAUUCAAGUCACCAAUAUUACCCCUUGGAUCGCGUUUGAUCUUUUGAUGGAAAGUUUCCUGUAUUCGUAUUGUCUUGACGGCUUUUCCUAAGAUCGUCUCUUCAGUCUCCAGUUUUGGACCUUCUAGAGAGAGAUAGACAGAAAUAACGUCUCUCCUUCCCAAGUCAAUUCAGGCGACUCCCCACAAAACAAGGUGAAUUCUGCAAUCAAAGCAUCUACUUGUAAGGAGCUCUUCGCGUUUUUAGCUGAAUUAAGAGGAAGAAAAGAAGGAAGUGGGUUGUUUCUGAUGAGUUCUAAUCCGGCGUCGUCCAGCGUUGGCAUAGCUGGAUCGGGAGAUAAUUCAGGUGUCAGAAGGAAUACGAAGAGACCCAAGUAUUCAAAGUUCACACAGCAAGAACUUCCAGCAUGCAAGCCUAUUCUCACACCUCGAUGGGUGAUUUCAGCGUUUAUGGUUAUUAGUAUUGUCUUCAUCCCUAUUGGAAUUGCUUCCCUUUUGGCUUCCAAUGAUGUGGUUGAAAUUAUUGAUCGAUAUGAGACUGACUGCAUACCACAAGAGGCUAGAAAUGAUAAGAUUGGAUAUAUUCAAAACCCUGCAACAGAGAAGAUGUGCAACAGAACAAUAACAGUUAAAAAGACUAUGAAGCAGCCAAUUUAUGUGUACUAUGAGCUCGUCAAUUUCUAUCAAAAUCACCGUAGGUAUGUGAAGAGCCGAAGUGACACGCAGUUAAGAGAUCCAAGCAGUGAGAAUGACAUAAGUGCUUGCAAACCCGAAGAUAAUGUGAAUGGAUCGGCAAUUGUGCCUUGUGGUCUUAUAGCUUGGAGUUUGUUUAAUGAUACUUACAGCUUUUCCCACAACAACAAGCAAUUGGCAGUGAACAAGAAAGGUAUCGCAUGGAAAAGUGAUAGGGACCACAAAUUUGGUAAAGAUGUUUAUCCUAAAAACUUUCAGCAAGGUGGUCUCAUUGGUGGUGCAUCUCUCAAUUCAUCUAUCCCGUUGAGUGAACAGGAGGACCUCAUUGUUUGGAUGCGCACGGCAGCACUGCCAACUUUCAGAAAGUUGUAUGGGAAGAUAGAGGUGGAUCUCCGGGCAAAUGAUAUCGUACAGGUGACGUUGGAGAACAACUACAACACCUACAGCUUUAAUGGCAAGAAAAAACUUGUUCUGUCAACCACGAGCUGGCUUGGUGGAAAGAAUGACUUUAUUGGCAUUGCUUAUCUCACUGUUGGUGGGAUAUGCUUCUUUUUGGCAAUGUGUUUCACUGUUGUUUAUCUUGUUAAGCCAAGGCGUCUUGGCGAUCCUUCUUAUCUGUCAUGGAACAGAAACCCUGGCGGACACUAAACAAGUCUGAAGUUAUUAGAUUUUGUUUGGCUCACCCAUGGAAAACUGGUUGAUGUAAUUUAAAUGACUUAAUCAUAUAGGCUAAGCUCGAGUGUUCCGGUAUUUGAGUUUUGCACACUUGUUAGAUCUGUAUAGUAACAAUACGAAUAUGUUCAAUAUUACUGCUUGUAUUUCAGCAA